AUGCAAAGAAUUCGUCUUGGAUAUGCUGGUCCACAAAAGAAAUGGGAGUCAAUCAAAUGGAAUGAGUUCAUUACUUAUGCCGGCGAACGCGGAAUGGACGUUAUUUACAUUGAUCUCGAUAAAGAUCUCGAACCACAAGGUCCAUUCGAUAUUAUCUUGCAUAAAGUCACUUACAUGAUGCACUCUCCGAUUGUUGAUCAGAAUCCUUUGAUUAAAAAUCUGAUUACAUAUAUCAGAAACCAUCCAGAAGUAAUUGUUCUUGAUAAUUUGGAAGCUGUAGGAAUAACACUUGACAGAGAAUUGCUUAACAAUGCAAUUGAGUCUAUUAAAUGGCCUGAGGGUGUUGAUAUUCGUGUUCCUCAUGCAGAUAUGUUAUUACAAUCAGAUCUCGAAUCAAUUAAGAAAGUAACAUCCAAACUUCGCUUCCCUCUACUUUCUAAGCCAAAAGUCGGCUCAGAAAUUGUUGGAGCUACCAAAGAAACCGCUCAUAUGCUUAGACUUGCUACAUCUCCAGAAUCAUUAGUUGGUGUUGCUACCCCAACACUCUUACAAGAAUACAUCAACCAUGGCGGUGUUGUUUACAAGAUUUAUACGAUUGGUGACCAUUUAGAAGUUACAGCUCGUCCAUCUACAAGAAAUGUUGAAAGUGGAGAGGACAUUUCUAUCGACUUUCACUCGGAAAGACCAGAUGACCCUAACGGAGUCUGGAUUCAUAAAGAUGGACUUGAUAAGAUCCAAAUGCCAAUAGAAGACUUCAAGAAACUCUCAAAGGCAAUCAGAACAAGCAUGAAGAUGGAACUUAUUGGCUUUGAUAUCCUUAUCGACGAAAAAGGAGCUUAUUGGAUCGUAGAUUUGAAUUUCUUCCCUGGAUAUAAGAUGAUUCCGAACCUUUGGGAGCUCUUCUACAACUUCUUCAUGAGUUUGCUUAAAAAAUGA